AAAAAUCCAACAAGAAGAAACGUAGAGGAAGCAGGAAGUUUGUGUUCGCUGGUUUUAUGUUUGUCCAGUUUUUCAUUCAUUUUGAAAACGAUCAUUUUAAGCUCCAUAUUUUAUAAAGCGGGGCCAUUAUUAUCGCUUUUGAACAAACUGAUUUAUAUCGGCGCCUUAAGCAGACCAGAGACAGAAGGAGCGGCGUCUUUAUAUCGGCGCUAGCUAGCUGCUGCAGAAGCUGCUUUCGAAGUAAAAGCAUCUCGUUGUAGAGAGUGAAGACUCCAGGGCUGCAGUUUGGAUGAAAAGUACAGUGGACACCAACAUGAUUAAGGAAAACCCGUGGAAAAUACCUCCCAACGCCCCUGCCUGCAUGGAGAAGCACCUGUGCGCGGCUCAGUACCGAGCAGAUGGCACGCUGCUGCUGGGAGCCUCCAGCCUCUCUGGCAGAAACUGGCAAGGAUCCGUUUGGAUCUACAGCGAACCGGAGCAAGCCCCCAGCGAGGGGUUCUGCAAAGCUGGUGUGCAGACUGAGGCUGGGGUCACAGAUCUCCAGUGGGUGGCUGAAAAGGGAGUGGCUGUAGCCUCAGAUUCGGGUGCCCUGGAGCUCUGGGAACUGGCAGAGGAUGAGCGCCUGUUGAUGAAUCGCUUCACCAGAUAUGAGCAUGACCACAUUGUCACCACUGUGAGCCCCAUUACUGGAGCGAGCAGUGCUGUCACUGGCAGCAUGGACUGCAGAAUUAAAGUCUGGGACCUCAGUCAGGAAACAGUUGUCACCACCUACAAUGUUCACACAGAGCCUGUUAAUUGUGUUGCCUGCAGUCCUACAGAUGAGUCUCUCUUUGUCUCCUGUGGCCAAGAUGGUCGUGUGUUGAUGUGGGACAGGAGGAAGCCAGAUAAACCAGCCUCAAGAAUAGAUGUUGAGUUUCCCAGUUGCUCUCCCACCACUGCUGUUUGGCACCCCCACCAGAGAAGCACUAUUGCGUUUGGCGAUGAGAUGGGCAAUGUGUCUGUCAAAGAUUUCCUGGGAUCAGAACCGGCACGGGUGAAAAAAAUACACAGCCGCAGAGUUAACAGCCUGGCCUUCUCCACAAAUAGUGUCCCUUUGCUAGCCUCUGUUAGUGACGACUGCUCCCUUGCUGUUAUAAACUCUGAACUGCAAGAAAUAUUCAGAGAUCGGCGACACCAGGACUUUGCUAAAGGUGUGUGUUGGCUUCAUGGUGAUUCCAACAGACUCACGACUGUAGGCUGGGAUCACCUCGUGCUUCACCACACUAUCACUCCAAAUACUGAGUCCUCAUCUUAGACCUACAUGGUCACAUGUGGCAUAUCACAGUGUGUCCAGAUGAGUGGUGUCCAACGUCAGUCUUUGGGGGCUGGUGUCCUGCUUGUUUUUAUUUCCCUGGUUCAACACAUGAAAAGACGGCUCCUCUACAGGCCUCUGUAGAGCUUUGACAUCCUGGCAGGACACCAGAUCUUGAGGACUGGAGCCGGACACUCAUUGAUGGUUGAAUAUAACAUCUUAUUUAGGAGAAGUGAAUUGAAACGUCCAGCUCACAGAUAUGUGCACAUUAUUUUGUGUAAGGAUCUUCUUCUCUGUCUGGUCGUACUGGUACAUGUUGUGUAGCAUCUCCAUAUUUGCACCCUAGACUUUUACAUUAAAUAAAAGGUAAAGCUGUUAUGAAA